UCUCUGCACCGCCGACGGCGAUAUCACAUCACCCGCAGCAACCUCAACAGAAGCACAAUGGCAUUCAGACUUGUCGCAUUCCUUGCGUUGGUGGCAGCAUCCCGUGCCGGAGUCAUUUCGCCUUUCGGUUACGCCGCUGCCCCCUUCCCCUACGCAGCCGCCCCCGCACCCCUGGCCGUCGCCCCCGCACCUUUGGCUCCCGCUCCCGUAGCUAUUGCUCCCGCCAGAGCUGCAGUCCUCGACGCCCCGCCCCAGUACUCCUUUGGCUACUCGGUGUCCGACGCCCUGACCGGAGACAACAAGUUGCAGCACGAGACCCGCAACGGGGACGUCGUCCAGGGUGCCUACUCGCUGGUGGAGCCCGACGGCACCGUCCGCACCGUCAACUACUUCGCCGACCCCAUCAACGGAUUCAACGCCGUCGUCAACAGGCAACCUCUCGUCAGGGCCGCCGUCCCGGCUCCGGUUGUUCCUGCUGCCCCGGUCGUUCCCGCAGCUCCCGUCGUGCCUGCUCCCGCAGCACCCUUCGCAGCGGCUCGCCUGUUCGCUCCUGCUCCCGCUCCCUUGGCUGCGUACCCAGGAUUCGCGCCUGUCCCUCCUUUCGCCAGAGCUGUGCUUGGUUGAUGCCAUAAGCAAGGGUUAAAUCGCCUUUGUUAUUUAUGCAUUUAAUGUGAUGUUGAUUUUUUCUAUUUUCUAAUUUUAAGUCAAAGAAAUAAAAAUGAAAUUUCAAGUGAACAAAGUUCAUACAAGAAAAUGAAAA